AAAAUAGUUUGAAGUUUGUUUACACUCGAGAUUUCACGGUUCGAGCCAAACUUCGGACUGCGGCCCCCAAAAUGACCGAGGAAAGCCUGCUGCAGGACUGCCUCACCUGUCGGCGCAAGACGGAAACUUUCCUCCGAAUUCGGAACGACAUCGCCGAUGACGAAGAUACCGUCGAGUCCGUCCUCGCGAAGCACUUUUGGUUUGAGGCCAUCCAGUACCGCGACCGGGUGCUGUGCACCAGCUGCUGGGAAAAGAUCGACGAGUUUCACAAGUUUUACUGCGAGGUCGAGGAGCGAUGGGGACUGCACGUGGAGGUCAAAACAGAACAGCUGGAGGAGGAGGGCGUUGCUUCCGAGGUGGUUAAGGCUGAACGGUUGGAGUCGGAUGGGGGAAGUUUUGGGGAGGAUUCGGACGGAGAUUUUGAGCCGGGUGAAGCGAAGAUGGAACUUCCGGAUGAUUUUUCUGAGGAUUCGGAAGAGGAGUCUACGACUCCAAUAGCUAAGAGGAAACGGUCCGCGCGGGACGAAGGAACGGGUUCAGGGCGUAAAACAAGCUACGUCCGGUCGCACAAGCGAGCUAACCGGGAACGGAACGACCUGAUUGCGAAAUACGUCCAGCUUCAGUGUGACAUUUGCAGCGAACGGUUCGCGACCUUUCCCCGGCUGCUUCUACACUACAAACGGUCCCACGAAACGCAAGGGUACGUGACCUGCUGCGAGAAAGUGUUCCACAAGCGGUCCGUACUUGUCGAACAUCUCCGAAAGGUGCACGAAUUUGUCGCCGGUGGCGAUGACGAGUCUCAGUUCCGGUGUGAACUUUGCGAGCCGGUGAGGAACUUCAAGGACGAAGAGGGACUUCAGCUGCACAACGUGGUUUGUCACACGGCGGAGGGAGAGCGGAUCUACAAGUGCGACCAGUGCGAGAAGGCGUUCGACAGCGAGUGGGCCCUGAGUGGACACAAGUACUGGCACCAGAACAUUGAGAGCUUGAACAUUUGCUGCGAAAAGUGCAAUAAAUAUUUCAAUUCCGCCCGCACGCUCAACACUCACAUACGUGCCUUCCACCCGGAAGGCACCACCACAACAUCCUCAUCCUUCUCGACGACGAUGUCCACCGACGCCAUCACUAUGGCCGAACCAACACUCCCAGAUCAGCUCAUUGCCGGAGCUGCUCCGGAAGAUUCAUUCAAAGCCCCAAGCCAAUCGGCGCGAGCCACCUCAGCCACCCGGAAGGCGCCCAAAUCCGCCGAAGAGCUGGCCCAAGAGGACGACCUGAUUCGGCAGUUUUGCACGCUGCUCUGCGAAAGCUGCGACUUUGUUGCGGACAGCUUCUACACCCUCGAGCGGCACUACAAGACGGAACACGACCAGCGCGGGUACGCCAUCUGCUGUGGGCGAAAGUUUUGCAAGAAGCGCCGCCUGUACGAGCACUGCCAGCGGCACGUCAAUCCGGACGCGUUCCGGUGCGAAGUGUGCAACAAGUCGUUCACCGAGAGCGACGGGCUGGAGAAGCACAACAAGUGGGUCCACACGCCGGACUCGGAGAAGCCGUUCAAGUGUGAGAUCUGCGACGCGGCGUUCUACAAGGACUAUCUGCUGCGAAACCACAUGAAGUACCACAUCUCGAUGGAGCAGAAGAUUUUCAACUGCAAGGAUUGCGACAAGUCCUUCGGCACGGCGGUCCUGCUGCGGGCGCACCAGCAAAAUAUCCACGGCGCCGCGUCCAGCUGGGUUUGCGACAUCUGCGCCAAGGGGUUCGUGCACAAAUCCCAGCUCGAAACGCACCGCCUCUCGCACUCCGAGGAGGGCGCGGCCAGCCUGAAAAAGCAGUGCGAACGGUGCAAAAAGUGGCUCAAAAACAAGGACACGUACACGAACCACCUGAAGCGGUGCCUCGCCGGAGGUCCGGUUACGUGUGACAUUUGCGGCAAGGAGGCGGUCAACGAGCUGGCACUGGCCUCGCACAAGCGAUUCAACCACGAGGACAAACCGGCCUUCGCGUGCAGCUACUGUGGGAAGCAGUUUAAGCGGCUGCUGCGGCUCAAGGAACACGAAGCGAAUCAUCGCGGCGAGUUGCUCUACUCGUGUCCGUACUGUCCGCGGCAGUGCAACUCCAGCUCGAACAUGUACACCCACAAGAAGGUGGCCCACCCGGAGCUGUGGGCUGCCAAGGUGGCGGACAGGUACUACAAGCGAUGAGGCGCAGGUAAGGAGAUUUGCUUUAUUUUAUUCAAUAUUAUGCUCGUGAUAAUUGUAAAGAUCAAAA